UCCUCAACGCCAUUUGAAAAUAGAAUCACCAUACCACAGAAAGUGAUAUAUGCAACGCUCAUGACAAGUUUUUCGCAAAUCAACAACUUAAUUACAAUCCAUAUUAAAUUUAAUGAAAUUCUAGAAUUACAGUCACAAUAGAAGUAAAAUUGUCACGAUACUGUGGAAUCAGAAGUCGACAGUCGAGAGCAAGAAAUUGCUCACGUAAACAUAACCUACAAAAGUUACGGUGUAACAUUUUGGAAACAUACCGUUUGUUUUUUGUUCCUGAAUUCUCUGAAUUAGUGUGCACUUAAAAUGAAAUAGAUGUUUGAAAGUUAGUGAAAGCAAAAAGGAACGUUCCAGUGCAGUCUAGUGCAGGAAUAGAAAAUAGAAAACAAGCCUAAUAAAAGAAAAAUUGAAGAAACGUAAUUGCGAAGAUACAUUCGACGUGCAUAUGUAAUUUUCCAAGAUCCCCUCUUAAACAAAUCAAAAUGUUAUUUACGAUCGAGAGGUAUGCGAUUCGUGCGACUGUGCGAUAUUUACAACGAUGUUUCACAACUAGCGUUGAUACUUUGGCGAACAAUCCGCAAGAAUUUCCUGUACAAUCCAACGAAAAUGUUACGUCGAUACGUCAUGAGGAUCAGAAGUCUCUGAAGAUUGCUUUUCUAGGUGCACCGAAUGUCGGAAAGAGCACACUCAUUAAUCAACUUAUUAAGCGAUCGGUGUGUCCUGUGUCCUGCAAGGUACAUACUACAGAAACCAAAGCACAUGGAAUUUAUGUUGAAGGUGAUACUCAGCUGAUAUUCAUGGAUACUCCUGGUAUGGUCUCCAAGAAAGAAUGUGAAAAGUUUAAAUUAGCUAAGAGUUUCAAGGCAGAUCCGAAGACUUCUCUACAUACAGCAGAUAUUGUGGGAAUUGUGCAGGAUGCAGACAAUAUAUACACCAGACACAAAAUUGAUCCAAACUUAUUGGAGCUUUUGACUGAAGAUAUAAAAAAUAAAAUUCCUAUAAUUCUUAUCAUUAAUAAAGUAGACAGAUUGAAAAAGAAGGAAAUAUUAUUGGACUUUGUGAACACUUUGACCAAGAGCAAGAAGUCUCCAAGUUUCUAUGAUAUAUUUAUGAUAUCUGCUUUGACUGGGGAUGGAGUUAACGAUUUGAGGUCUUAUUUGUUGGACACGGCUAAACCACGAGCAUGGGAGUACGAAGGACAUGUUUAUGUUGACAAUACUUGCGAAGAUAUAAUGCGACAGACUGUGCGGGCAAAGCUGCUGGACAUUCUACCGAACGAGAUUCCUUAUCGUUUAAAGGUGAAGUUGGAACACUUUGAUCCAGCACCCGACGACAGUAUCAAGGCGCUAAUAUCCGUCACGUGUCCGAACAAGCGUAUUGCUCGUCUACUAACGCGUGGCAGUAAUAAUAGAAUAGGUCAAAUCGCCGUCAUGGCCGAGGAGGAAUUGCGGCACGCUUUUCGAACAUCCGUGAGAUUGAAACUAGUCGUUCAGCCAUCUCCAAUGUAAUUUAGCUUAUAAGUGUUAUUUGUAAAAUAAAGUUAAAUGUUUAUAAGAUUAA